AUGAACCACAGGCUCUUAAAACAUCAAGAGUUAUAUCCACAGAAUUACCUUCUUGGAGCUUUCAAGCCUGCAUGUAAUGUCUUGAUCUCGUUUAACGAUGGGAACAACCGGAAGCAGGUUCCCUUCAAAAAGGAAAAUGGUCAAAUGGUUACAGUCCCACUUUUCCAAAGUCAAGAAAACAUAGCCGGGAAGAUCACAAUAGAACCAAUGCAAGGGAAGAAGAUUGAUCACAAUGGUGUAAAAGUUGAGCUCGUUGGACAGAUAGAGAUGUAUUUUGACAGAGGAAAUUAUUAUGACUUCACUUCCCUUGUACGAGAACUAGAUGUUCCCGGAGACAUCUAUGAGAAGAAAACAUAUGCAUUUGAAUUUUCUACUGUUGAAAUGCCAUAUGAAACGUAUAAUGGGGUGAAUGUGAGGCUUAGGUAUGUAUUGAAAGUGACCAUUAAUCGUGGCUAUGCUGGAAGCAUAAUAGAAUACCAGGAUUUCGUGGUUCGGAACUAUUCUACACCUCCACAAAUUAACAAUAGCAUCAAGAUGGAAGUUGGAAUUGAAGAUUGUCUACACAUUGAAUUUGAAUACAACAAAAGCAAGUAUCAUCUGAAAGAUGUCAUCAUUGGUAAGAUAUACUUUUUACUUGUCAGAAUCAAGAUAAAAAACAUGGAUCUUGAGAUUAGGCGUCGAGAAUCCACUGGGUCAGGGACAAACACCCAUGUUGAGACAGAAACAUUGGCUAAAUUUGAGUUGAUGGAUGGUGCUCCUGUUAGAGGUGAAUCAAUUCCGAUCAGACUGUUCCUCAGUCCUUAUGAGCUAACACCAACUCAUCGCAACAUUAAUAACAAAUUCAGUGUGAAGUACUUUUUAAAUCUUGUGUUGGUUGAUGAAGAGGACAGACGAUAUUUCAAGCAGCAGGAAAUCACAAUGUAUAGGCUGCAAGACGAAACUUAG